AUUUUCUACUACUCACUUCAAUUAUUUCUUCUUUACCUCUUCUCUAAUCUUUAUAUAAUUAAUUUUUUUUUCUGAUACAAAUUCUUUUGAUAAACACAAUUUAGUAUUCAUAGAUUUUGUUCCACUUUUUUAAUCGUCAUUGAUCAAAAUGUUUGUAUUCUGGAACCAUUUUAUAUAUGUCUAUGUCGAAGCAGAUUGAAAUUGGGGUUUGAUGUCAAUGGGGAUUAAUAUCAGUGCUGAUUAGUUUUGGAGGUUGGAACUUAAAAGAGAGUGAUUUUGAUAAUCUAAGAAGUUGAGAUUGGUGGAGAUUGAUUUUAUUUGAUGGGCAAUACAUGUGUAGGACCAAAUCUUGGUUCUACUGGGUUCUGGUGGAGAACUCGACCACCGGAGAACCAUCUUCCUCCUCCUUCUAAUCAGGAGAGUGAAGCUAAAACUACCCAAGAUUCGGCUCCUGAUUCGUCUAAAGGAUCACAUACCUCUAAAAGUGGUGAUCCUACAAUGCCAGUUCAGAACACACCUCCUGAAACUGUGAAAAUUGUGAACGAUCAACAAGAUCACCCUCCUCAUCCUCAGCCACCUCAGCCUCAGCCUCUGCCUCUACCUAAGCCUCCACAACCACAGCCACAGCCACAGCCUCAGCCUCAGCCUCAGCCUCAGGUUCAGCCUAAGGAGGUUGAAUCGAAUAGGCCUGUUAAGGAAGGGGUAAAGGAGGAGGCUGCAAAGGCCGCAGAUAAUUCGAAACCCAAGAAGCCUUCUCAUAUUAAGAGGCUUUCGAGUGCAGGGCUUCAAGCAGAGUCAGUUUUAGGAAGAAAGACUGCAAAUAUAAAGGAUUUUUACAGUGUGGGAAGGAAGCUUGGACAAGGGCAGUUUGGGACAACAUUCCUUUGCUUGGAGAAGAUAACAUCUAAAGAAUACGCUUGCAAAACGAUUGCGAAAAGGAAACUGACGACGGCUGAGGAUGUGGAGGAUGUCAGGAGGGAGAUUCAGAUAAUGCACCAUUUGGCUGGUCAUCCUAAUGUGAUACAAAUUGUUGGGGCGUAUGAGGAUGUUGUUGCUGUCCAUGUAGUGAUGGAGCUUUGUGCUGGUGGAGAGCUUUUCGAUAGGAUUAUACAAAGGGGACACUAUACUGAGAGGAAGGCAGCAGAGCUUGCUAGGAUUAUAGUUGGUGUUGUCGAAGCAUGCCAUUCUCUUGGUGUUAUGCACCGAGACUUGAAGCCAGAGAAUUUCUUAUUUGUUAACCAUGAUGAGGAUGCGCCACUUAAAACGAUUGAUUUCGGGCUUUCGAUGUUCUUUAAGCCAGGUGAAACAUUUACUGAUGUGGUUGGUAGUCCUUACUAUGUCGCCCCAGAAGUAUUAAGAAAGCAUUAUGGUCCAGAAUGUGAUGUUUGGAGCGCUGGGGUGAUCAUAUAUAUUUUACUUAGUGGGGUGCCCCCAUUUUGGGAUGAAUCAGAGCAAGGAAUAUUUGAGCAGGUUUUAAAGGGAGAACUCGAUUUUGUCUCUGAACCAUGGCCUAGCAUAUCUGAAAGUGCAAAGGAUCUUGUUCGAAGAAUGCUUGUAAGGGACCCUAAGAAGCGGCUUACGGCUCAUGAAGUUCUCCGCCAUCCUUGGGUUCAAGUUGAUGGUGUUGCUCCUGACAAACCUCUUGAUUCUGCUGUUUUAUCUCGCUUGAAACAAUUCUCUGCUAUGAACAAGCUGAAGAAAAUAGCCAUCAGAGUCAUUGCAGAAACCUUGUCUGAGGAGGAAAUUGCAGGUUUGAAGGAGAUGUUUAAGAUGAUAGAUACUGAUAACAGUGGACAAAUCACUCUUGAGGAACUAAAGAAUGGUUUGGAAAUGGUGGGUGCAAAUCUCAAGGAUUCUGAAAUAACUGGACUAAUGCAAGCGGCAGACAUUAAUAAUAGUGGUACCAUAGACUAUGGUGAGUUCGUAGCAGCAAUGCUUCAUCUAAACAAGAUCCAAAAAGAGGAUCACUUGUAUGCAGCCUUCUCCUAUUUUGACAAAGAUGGGAGUGGUUAUAUAACUCCAGAUGAGCUCCAACAAGUCUGUGACAAGUUUGGAUUGGAAAAUGUUCAAUUAGAUGACAUAAUACGUGAAGUCGACCAAGAUAAUGACGGGCGUAUUGAUUACAAUGAGUUCGCGGCUAUGAUGCAAGACGGCUUGGGCAAGGGAUUCAGUGAAGCCUUGAAGCAUUGAUAGCUUCGAUAACUUGACCCUGGUACACACUACACAGUCCAUAGUUCAUAUCUAACUAACAUUUGCUCUUUCAUAGCUUUAACAGACAGAAAAUGUGUUGAGAUGCAUGAUGUUGUAGAAAAUUAGCCAGGCUUCAGAAUGAGAGGAAGAAAAGUUUUACUCUUCCAUCUUUACAAUCUUUUCUUUUCAUCUUGUAUUUUACCAUUUUUAUUAUUCUUUUGAGGACCCUAAAAUUGGAUUAGAAAGUUGUCUAUAAAUUACUUUUUUUUUUUUUUUUCGUCUUCCACCAUACCAUACAAUUCUUCUGAAUUUUAUUACCAUAUGAUUUGCGGUUGUGAUUUUUACUCCAAAUUCGCGGGGUCAUUGAAAGCUACGAGUGGUGUAAUCCAACUUAUAAUAUUUAUUA